CUUUUAACUUCUCUAGAAGUUGUACCUCAUAGCAACAUGAGGUAUUCACUUGUACUUCUCCUUGGGGUUUUUCUGAUCACAGGAAUCAACUCUCAGAGUGGAAAUAGUGAAGAAUCUGAUGCAGGCAGUGGUGAACUUUCCAGUACAAGCUCUACUGGCAGUACCUCACAAGAUGUUGACUUUGAUGAAUGCAGUGCCUUUGGAACUGGCUCCUACCAAACAUUUCAAGGAACUCUCUAUUACCUGUCGUCAACUUGCUACUUAACGCUGAGCCGUUUUCAAUCGCCAGAAUCCACUGCUGAAUUUAACAUCAAUAUCCAGCGAGAUCAGAAUGGUAACUUCAUCAAAAUAAUGAUUACCGUGGACAAGGUUGACACAGAAAUUGAAAAUGGUACAAUAUCAGUUGAUGGACAAAGCAUUUCUCUUCCUUAUGAUCAAAAGACCAUCCAUAUUCAUAAUUAUGGUAUAUUCACCAGACUGCAAAGUAGGAGAGGAUUUCUUUCUGUGUUUUGGGAAACCCAAGGAAGCAUAAUAGAUAAAGUCUGGGUGCAGCUUCGUAAGGAUUAUCGUGGAAAAACAUCAGGAUUGUGUGGAAAUUACAAUGAAGAUGAUCAUAAUAUUGCAGAAUUAUUUCAGCAGAGUAAACUUCCCGGUGAAAGUGACUGUAUUACAUCUAACGAACCUGAUCCAUCCAGCUGUCAAACUGAAACGACAUGUAGGAAUAUUAUUUCAGAGUACUUCGUUUUCUACUGCAUACCAGCACCAAAAGCAGUGGCUUAUGAAAAGCAGUGUGCAGUAGAUUCUUGCAGUUGUGCUGACCAAACUCCAUGUCCGGCAUUGUGUGCAUUCUUUGAAGAAGUAGUUCGUCAGUGCCCUCUUGAAAGACUCACAGCCCUUUAUGAAAGUAUCCCAAGGAACUGGAGAGAAGAAACCAACUGCCCAACCCCUUCUUGCCCUGGAGACAUGAUCUUUACAGAAUCUGGCCCUGCACAACCCCCAACUUGCUCCAACCCAUCACCUACUGAUACGAAAGAAACAAUAUCUUGUCAAUGUCCUAAUGGCACAAUUCUUAAUGACCUUGAAGAACAAGCCCAGUGUGUGCCAAUAGAGCAGUGUCCUUGUGAAUAUCAUGAUGUUGUUUAUCAAUCCGGAGAAAGCCGUGAAUCAUUAUGCGAGUCAUGUUUGUGCAAAAGUGGAAAAUGGGAAUGUGUACGGGAAAACUGCACAUCUCGUUGUAAAAUUGAAAGUGGCUCCUUCUUCACAACUUUUGAUGGGAGAUCCUACACAGUGAAUGGAAUCUGCACGUAUGUCAUUGCAACAAGCCUGGACCAGAUGUGGACUCUAACUGGUACUUUGGAUCAGUGUGGCCAGAGCAUAUGCCUCACAGGGGUGCAACUUUUAUUUAAAUCAAUUACAUACAGUUUCUCUAGUGAAAAAGUUGGAGUUGGUUCUAAAAUAAUCACAAGUAACUACAAAUCAGAUGCUGUGGCCAUUUCCUGGCAAUGUUCUCAAUAUAUUUAUGUGCAAACAUCCUUUGCUAUGAAGCUACAGAUUCAGAUAGCUCCAGUCAUGCAGCUCUAUGUGAUGUUACCUGUGGAAGCAAAGGGCCUAAUCAAAGGCCUCUGUGGCAACUACAAUGACAUAGUUACGGAUGAAUUCAUGGCAAGCAGUGGAAUUUUAGAACCAACUGCUGAUUCCUUUGCCAUGUCUUGGGCAACACAGUCUGAGCAAUGCGAAAACAUAUACCCAGAAUGUACUAGAUCAGAUUAUGCAAAAUAUGCCGAGGAACACUGUGCUGUGCUCAAGGAUCCCCUUGGAUUAUUUGCCCAAUGCCACUCCUUUGUUGAAUAUAACAAUUAUUAUAAGCAAUGCAUUACCAGCACCUGCCUCUGUGACAAGCCUCAAGAAUGCAUGUGUGCUGCUUUGGAAAACUAUGUAAAAGCCUGCAGUGCAAAUGGCCAGAAUGUGACAAACUGGAGGGGUGAAGAGUGUGUUCCGCAGUGCCCUUCCAAUCAGGUAUUCAUUUACAACAUGGUGUCCUGCAACCAUACCUGCCAGUCCUUAUCUGAGUAUGACAUUUCUUGUGAUGUGAAGAGCCAUCCAGUUGAUGGCUGUGGGUGCUUGAAUGGACAAUAUAUGAAUGAUGAAGGAACAUGUGUAUCAAAUAUAGAAUGUCCAUGUUACUAUAAAGGAAAACGCCUGAUUCCAGGGAAGACCCAAAUUAAUGGAUAUGAAUGUGAUUGUCAAUAUGGAGCUCUUUCAUGUCCUGAGCCAGUAGUAGUAUGUGAGAAAAACCAAGUAUAUGUAGAUUGCAUAAAUCCACCCAGUUCCCAGUUUUACAGAACAUGCUCCUCGGUGUCCAUAUCUAGUGUGUCUUUCAAGUGUGUAAGUGGGUGUUAUUGCCAAGAUGGAUUUUAUAUGGACAAUGCUGGCAACUGUGUCCCACUAGAUCAGUGUCCGUGUAUGUUUGGAGGCAAAGUCUACAAUUCUGGUGACAGUGUUCAAGUUGACUGCAAUACAUGUAUUUGCAUGAAUGCAUCAUGGAGUUGCACUCAUAAUGACUGCCCAGGAAAAUGCCAGGUUUAUGGUGAUGGACAUUAUCAAACAUUUGAUAUGAAAUGGUACAGCUUUGAUGGAAACUGUGAAUACACAUUUGUUGAGGAUUAUUGUGGAAACUUAAAUGGCACAUUCCGGAUAACAGUAGAAAGCGUUCCUUGCUGUGAGGAAGCACUGACAUGUUCCAGAGCUGUGAAAGUGACAUUCAAGAACACAGAACUAGUCCUGAGAGACUUGAAUCUGACAGAGAAGACAGCUGGUCAGAACACCAUUUCAGAAGGAAUCAUAAAUUAUUCUGUUGAAACGGUUGGGCUCUAUCUGAUUGUCACAAUCUCCAAUGGAAUAACACUAAUAUGGGACAAGCACACAAGAAUUACAGUUAUACUAAAGUCUCAGUGGAGGAAUAAAGUAUGCGGCCUCUGUGGUAAUUUUGAUGGAAACUCAAAGAAUGAACUUCAGACCAGAUCAAACUCAGUGGUGGCGAAUAUCCUGGAAUUUGGAAACAGCUGGAAAGUUGAAAGUUGUUCUGACGUUGUAAACCAAACAUUUCCUUGCGAGAAGCACUGGUAUUGUUCUGCCUGGGCCCAGAGAAGGUGCAGCAUUAUUUACCAAAGAACCUUUCAAGAAUGUCAUUCAAAGGUGGAUCCUCAGCCAUACUAUGAUGUUUGUGUACAAGAGUCAUGUGCAUGUGAAAUGGAAGGAAGGUUCCUGGGUUUCUGCACUGCUGUGGCUGCAUAUGCUGAGGCCUGCAAUGAAGCAAAUGUCUGUGUGAAAUGGAGAACACCUGACCUCUGCCCUGUGUAUUGUGACUACUACAAUCAGCCUGGUGGAUGCAGUUGGCAUUAUGAACCUUGUGGAACACUGCCAGUGAAGACCUGUAGUGGUAGCAGUGCCAAUAUGUUCUAUUCAUCAAAACUUGAAGGCUGCUAUGCAAAGUGCCCAGAUGAUGCAUCCUAUCUUGAUGAAAAUACAAUGACAUGCACAAGUCUGGAAAACUGUACCUGUUCCUACAACGGAAACCUUUAUCCGCCAGGCCCAGUGAUACUGACUCCUUCAUAUAUAAGCUGUACAUGCAUAUAUGGCAGAAUGCAUUGUGUAGAAAACCCCAGCACAACUUCAACAAUAAUAACAACAGAAUAUUCCCCCACCACAACUUCAGCAGUGACAACAACAGAAAACCCCAGCACAACUUCAACAAUAAUAACAACAGAAUAUUCCCCCACCACAACUUCAGCAGUGACAACAACAGAAAACCCCAGCACAACUUCAACAAUAAUAACAACAGAAUAUUCCCCCACCACAACUUCAGCAGUGACAACAACAGAAAACCCCAGCACAACUUCAACAAUAAUAACAACAGAAUAUUCCCCCACCACAACUUCAGCAGUGACAACAACAGAAAAACCCAGCACAACUUCAACAAUAAUAACAACAGAAUUUCCUUGUUCUGGAUUCUGGACAAGUUGGAUUAAUAAAUUUCACCCUAGUCUACAAAAUGGUGGAGAUUUUGAAAAAGUGGAAGGAUUGUGUCCUUACAAUGUUUCAGACAUUCAGUGCCAAUCUUUACAUCCCAGUUAUCAUAAUCAAAAAGUAACUUGCAACAUACAGCAAGGUUUAGUUUGCAAAAAUGAAAACCAGAUUCCUAUAAAUGACAUGAGCAUAUGUGCUGAUUAUGAAAUUCGGGUUUGUUGUAGUCCUUUUCCUUCUACUACUCAACCUACUUCUUCACCUACUUCUUUACCUUACCUACUUCUUCGCCUACUUCCUCACCUACUUCUUUACCUACUUCCUCACCUACUUCUUCGCCUACUUCCUCACCUACUUCCUCACCUACUUCUCCACCUAGAACUUGCACUUCAGGAAACAGGACAUAUGUUGUUGGUGAAUCAUGGUAUGCAAACUGUGCCAACCACACCUGCACUCCAAGUGGCUCAAUUCAGUCUAUAUCUUUCAGUUGUCCUCCAAAUCCAAAACCAAAAUGUGCUAAAAAUCUGCCUCCAAAAUUGAUCCAAAAUGGCUGUUGUCAGACGUGGGACUGUGGCUGUCAGUGUCAAGUAUUUGGUGAUCCCCACUACAUAACAUUCACUGGCAAUCAGUAUGCCUUCUUGGAGGAUUGUACUUAUAUUUUAGUACAG